GCGUUCGAUCGGCUGAUAUCGACAGCUGAAUUCACCAUCAACAAACCUCAAACACAUUCCAAGUCUCUAUCUCUCUCGCCCAUCAAAAACGAUCCGCUAAAUAAUGACCCGGCCAACAAUCGCGCCCGCGAACAUCCCACCGUGAGGACUCGGCAGACGAUGACCCCGUCCCGUCGACGGCGCCGUAAACCUACUCCCAUCGAGUCCAGCGCAUAACCUUUCGACCAUAGCCUCGGCACACGCAGCCAUGGACGUCGAGGAGGAGGAUGAGGAGGAUGAGGAGGAGGAGGAGGUAAGCACGUGUGCUGGCCCCUGCUACGAGGAGGAGCUUUCGUCGCAGUCAACAGCCGAUCAAGAGCAGCCUCGAGGCCGGAACUACUGCUGCUGCUGCUGUCAUUACGAUCCGUUCGAGGAGGAGGAGGAGCAGGACGACGACUCGCGCAUUCGGGAUCCGAGCUUCGCCCUGAGGAAGCUCAAGGUGAUGAAGUGCCAGAUGAGGAAGUGGCGGCUCGAACGUCCGCAGCUCGAGAGCCGGGUUAGGUCUCUGAGUCUGGCACUGCAGGCGCUAGGCGGCGACGCGCAGGAAGUGCUCGCAAAGACGGACCCUCUGGCGGCGCACUAUCGCGAAGAGAGCCAGCGCCUCGAGCUUCGGAAAGACCAGCUCGAGGACGAGGUUCGGGAUCUGCGCGAGACGCUGGCCGAGCGUGACUGCUGCGAGGAGCAGCCCUGCGACGCUGUCGCCCACGUCCGAGAGAAGAUCUGGGCCGUGAGGCUUCGAGCCGCCGAGGAGAAGAGAGAACUGCGACGGGCGAUAAGCGAUCUCCGCCAGAAGCUCGAGGAGGCGCGGGAGGAUAGCUCCUGCUCGGCGCUGAAUCGUUUGCGCGGCAAGCUGCGCGAGCUGACCCGCGAUGGGGAAAAGGCUGCCGGCGGUGAUCAGCAUGCGAUGCGGCUGUCCUCGGCCGCGCUCGAGAAAUCGAUCGAGACGAUGGCCGAGUUGACGACGAGCUGCGACCAACUGAAGCGCGAGAACGAGCGGCUCCUCGCCGAGGUCGAGGGUCUCAAGAAGGAGAUAAAGGCCGACACCGCGGACGAGGAGAAGUUCGUGAAGGAGGACGAUCUCGAGGCGAGCGCCGCCGAGAUAAGCGAGCUGGCGAACCGGGUGCGCAGCUGCGAGUCGACGGCCACGCAGAUGCGGCUCCAGCUGGCCGAGAAGGACGAGACGAUUAACGAGCUGCAGAAGAAACUGUACGCCGAGAGGCGCGGCUCGCAACAGCUCGAGCGCGACCUCGAGCGGACGCUAGUGAGUCAGCGCGGUUUCGUCGCCGAGAGCGACGCGAUGAAAGCCGAGCUUGCCGACAAAGACCAAAAGGUGUCGCAGCUACAGCGCGACCUGCGCCAGUCGGUGGUGGCCACGCAGGCACUUACCGAUCUCGAGUCCGAGCUCGAAAGACUUCGGCCAGAACUGCGGGAACUGGAGACGCAGCGGGACGAGAUGCUGGUCGAGCUGUCCGAGCUCAGGCGCGAGCUGUCCUCGCGGAACGAUCAGAUAGACCAGCUGCUUGAGGAACGAGAUCGGCAGAGAACGACGUUCGAGAACGAACUGGAGAAGGUCGUUUCAGAGUCGCGGAAUGCCCAGGAUAAGCACGACCAGCUCGUUCAGGAAAACGAAGCUCUGCGCGAGCGAGUUAACCAGUUGGAGAACGAGCUCGAGACGAGGCGACGGGAACUCGAGGCUGCGAUGCAGCAGCAUCGUUCCGAGAUCAGCGAUCUCCGCGGCGAACUGGCCAAUUCGAGAUCGGAGAAUGAAAGUUUGAGAGCCACGACGAACGAGUUGCGUCAGGCGGACCAGGAGCGUCGCUCGCUCGCAGACAAAAACGCCGAGCUACUGGAUAAAUUAAACCGAGCUAGCGCCGACGUUGACCGAUUGACCGCGAGUUUAGACGAGCUGCAAAAAAGUUCGGGGUCAGAGGCGGCGGCGUCGAGGCAGAAGACCACGGAGUUGAAAGAGGCGCUGGAGAAGCAGAACAUCGUGGUGACGAAGCUCGGCCGGGAAAAGGAGGAGCUUUCGGCGACGCUGAAGAAUUUAGAGAACGAUUCGAGAAAGCUGCAGGAAGAGAGGGACGCGUUGCAGAGGAGCUUGAGGGAGCUGGAGGAAAAACUGGCCGAGUCGAAGAGGGGCAACGAGGCGUCGCAGAGGGAGAUCGAGGAACUGGCAAACCGGGCGAACGAGGCGAAGGAGGCUCUGGAGAAAGCGAGCGGUGAGCUGCGCCAGGCGAAGGGCGACGGCCAGUCUACCAAGAGGCAGCUGGACGAGUCGAGAAAAGAGCUCGAGAACAGCAGGGCCGACGUCGACGAUCUGAGAAAAGCGAAGGACGAGUUGAAAUCUAGGCUCGACGCCUCGGAAGCUCUCGCCGUCAAGCUUCGAGCCGAGGUGGACUCGCUCAGCUCGGAGAACGCUGACCUGACGGCCGAGCGCGACCGGUUGAGAGCCGAUCGCGUGAGACUGAGCGACGAGCUCGAGCACAGCGAAAACCGACUCGUCGAGCUGCAGGAGGCUCUGGCUAAUACCGCCGCUAACAAGGACAGGCUGGAGCGAGAACUGGGUGAUCUCAAGUGGCAGCUCGACAAGCUGCGCAAGGACCUGAACGCCGAGCUGAUCGUCAGAAAGGAAAGCCAGGAUAAGUUGGAGACGGCCAACGCAGAAAUUGAGAGGUUAAAAUCCAGAAUAGCCGAGCUCGAAGCGAGUCAGGCCUCGCUCUCGGCUGAGCUGAACAACCUGCGCAACGAGCUCGCGCUACUCGCCACCGAGAACGGCCAGUUCAAGUCGGAGGCCGAAAGACUGAGGUCCGAGACGGGCAAAGCGCGCAGGCAGUCGGCCCACUUGCGCAGCGAGCUGUCGAAACUGCAAAGUGCCGGCAGCGCCUCUUCAGCCGUCCGAGAGCCAAUCGAUGGGCCGUCGAAAUCGAGGGACGACGCACCGAAGCCGAAGAAGGAGGAGUCGAAACCGAGGAAAGACGCUGCGCCGAAGCCUAAGGACGAGCAAAGGAGAUCGAGAGCGAGAGCUGAGCAGGCAGACAAGAGCCCGCUCGAUAAUGGCUUUGACCCGAAGGCGAGCGAGGCACUCAGGAGCGAGAUGCAGUCGCAAAUCGAAGGCGUGAAUAGGGUUCGUGGCUUUAUAAGCUACGUGGAGGGCAAGGCAGCGGCGAAGCCGCCGAUGACGACCACCGCGGAGUUGCCUCGCAGGGACAAGACCGACUGGCAAUCAUCUCCGCGAGUCGGUGAGCUCUUCGAAAGUUCGCGGAAACUAUCGGAGGCGAUCCUCAAGGCCGAGCUCGAGAUUCAAAGGCUCGAAAAAGCAUCCAAUCCCGCGAUCGACGAGCCAAGAACCGUCGCGGAUGAGACGCCCGUCGAUAAGCAGCUAGCCGGCCAACUUUCGGAUAAGCCGAUGGAAGGUGACGGCGAAGCGCCGGAAGAGGCAACUUCGAGCGACUUCGACGCGGACGCGUGGCUGCAAUCUCUGACGCUGACAGAACUAGCCGAGCUCCACGGCCGCAUCUGCCUGCUGACCUCCAACAUGAUCCAGGACGACGAGGGCCGCGAUUUGCUGGACGCUCGGAUGGCAGCGCUGCAACGCCAGAUCGCGGAGAAGCAGCUCGAAGCUACGACGCGAGCCGAAGAGAUGCAGAGGGCGGUGAUGCGCGAACAGGCCCAACUGAUCAGAAUAUCCGACGAGAUGAACCGCGAACGCGAGCUGAAUCUGGCGAUCAGACUUAUGAGCGGCCAGGACAGGCGGUUAACGCCGGAGGCGGUCGUCUGUUGCGCCCGGGAGGACUGCCUUCGCGCCGGCUGCACCGGUGACUUUGAUCCGAGCUCGGUCCGCCGGAAAUGAGCUGCUCGGCGUCGUUUUUCGCGGACCCUUUCGCCGGAAUAAUUGGCUCCUGCCCCGAGAGAGGGACCGCCGGAAAUGCGCGAGCGGUCAUUAAUCAACAUCCUGCUUCCAAGCGGGACAGGUUUAUAACGCCUCUUCCUCCUCCUCCUCUCACUCUCUCUCUCUUUUUUUGUAUCGUCUCUUUUUAUAUCUCCAUCUGCUGUGAAGCUAUGUGCAAUAUAUAGUUGUAUCCGUUUUCGCGUGUAUAGUUCCACCCCUUCCUUGAAACGGUAUUUAAAGCAACGCGAGUGUCGUGGUCUCACGGUGUCGAGAUUCUCCGGCGUUGAAGGCUCGUUAAGAGCGCGAAUCGGAACGAGGCAAUUCAAUAAAGUUCGAGUAUCGCGUCUCGCUCUUUCUCUCUGAAUUCCUGCUUACCUUUUCCCGGAAUAACCAUAGCGGCCAUUGAUUACCUUUGUAAAUGCAUUCCCCGAGAGCGCGGGCUGGUAAUGUCCUCGGCGGGCUUCUCUCUCUCUCUCUUCUCCCUAACGUCGAGUCAUCGCGACAGCUUUCCGGAUUAAUCUUGAUUAAGCUGCGGCUGGCCGGCUGCGCGACUGUUCUCACAUUUCCAUUUGUAUAGACGCGCUAUACACGCCGCCGACGACGACUGGGCUUCAUUGUGCGGGCUUUCUUUUUGUUUGCGUGCAAUGAUUUGGGUCACGGAUUUCGUGGGAAUUACGUUAAUGCCCUGUGUCGGUAGAGAGAGAGAGAGAGAGAGAGAGAGAGAGAGAGAGAGAGAGAGAGAGCGAGCGAGAGAGAGAGAGAGAGAGACUUCUUGCCGGAAGGUAUAACAUUAUUAUUGUUGAGGAGGGUUGCUUUCGCUUAAGCUCCACCCUGCGCGCGUUUUGCUGAAUAAUAAAGCGUUGUUUAUACUCACGGAUGAGCGAUGUAAUUAUAUCGUGGUUCUAGCUUUUUUUUCUCAUUGCAAUAUGAAAUGCAGCGAACAAAAGAUGCAAUUUUCAUGUAUAGAAGCAGCGUUUGAAUCUCUUGUGUAAACAUUGAUGGAAAUGGAUAUAUCUAUUAAAAAAUUAGAUGCGCGAUGCACGAGUGUGGAAUUAAAUUUUCUUCGAAUCGUUAA